UUGUAUUUAUAGGGAGGUAGAUGAGCAUAGUAACACACACCUCAAUAAUUUACACAAUAAACAAACAAAAAAAAAAAUGAAUCCGAAGAAAGUCAUGGGGUUGAAGUAUCUCAUCUUCAAUCUCCUCAUCCUAUUCUUCUUCUUCAUCUACGCAAGUGCAGCUGAUGAGGCAGAAUGUGUGUACGGCAUAUACGUGCAAACGGGGUCAGUGAAAAAGGCCGGGACUCACUCCAAGAUAAGCCUGACCCUAUCCGACGCCUCCGGGGCUGAACUCGAGAUCGCUAAUCUGGAGGAUUGGGGUCUGAUGGGCCCGGGAUUCAACUACUUCGAGACUGGAGAGCUCAACAUCUUCGGCGGCAAAGGCCCGUGUCUCAGCGGCCCGAUUUGUGGCUUGAAUCUCACUUCGGAUGGCUCCGGCCCCUAUGCCGGUUGGUAUUGUGAGUUUGUCCAAGUCAGCGCCUUCGGGCUUGGAAGCCCGUGUUCCUACCAGAAUUUCGCGGUGGAGCAGUGGUUGGCCAAGGACGAGCCACCGUAUCAGCUCACCGCGGCAAUGGAAGUGUGCUGCGCCUCCGCCUCGGCCCGGGCCCGGCAAACUCUAAGUAGGAGGGCCCUUUCUUAAAUUUGUAAUUAAUGUCCUAUUGUGAAUUUCAUCUCACAAUUUUUAGUCGUUUAGUAGUUGAGUGAAUAAGUGGGGACUCGUAGAGUGGUGCUAUCUCUUCUGUGUACCAGAUAAGGUUCAUUGCUCGAACUCUAUCUAUUUUCAUUUUCAAUUUAGAAAAUGAAUUAAUAUAUAAGCACGUUUUUGUGUGGA